AAUUAAAGCGCAUUAUGUUAGAUACAUAAAAUGGAGAUCACACAAUGUCUACCUCAGAAAUUCCACCUUAAGGUCCUGGUUAUAUUCUACAUCUUCCUCAGCUACUACUCUACAGAUGGUCAAUUAGAAAUCCGCAGUAUUGAGUCCCCUAUAGUGGCACUGCAGGGUCAAAAUACGACCCUCCCUUGUCUGUUCUAUGGCUAUGGGGCUUCACCUUUGGAUCUCUCUAAGGUUGCUGUGCGCUGGAAUCUGAGAACAUCAGAAGGAAAAGAAAAACAAGUAUAUUUGUUCAAUGGUGGACAUCGUAACCAAUACAGAAAUGGGUCAUAUAUACCAGACAAGGGACUUAUGGUAGGAGAUGGCAGCCUGUAUAUACCCAACAUUCAGUUCAGUGAUGACGGAGAAUACACUUGUACUGUGUUUGUCACUCCUGAGAAAGCAGAAAGUAAAGUCACUAUGGAGGUGUCAGCUAAGCCAACUUGUACAUUGAGUGACUCCAGACUAGAGAUGACUCCAGGCACUGAGAGAUCGGUUACAUGUUAUGUGAACGGCUUCUAUCCAAAACCUGUGGAAAUAUUUUGGGUGAAGUACAGUAAAGAUUUCACCAACAAUUCAGAAUUGGAUAGCCAGACCUGCACCAGUGAGAACCGUGAUGAAACGUACAAUGUGACAAGUUUACUGUCUGUGAGACCUAUGAGCACUGAUGAAAAUGGAGACGUUUAUUCCUGUAUAAUUAUUCACAGGUCACUGAAAGAUGCGGUUAAUCUUAAUAUUAGUUUAUCAGUCUUACCUAUUCCUGGGGACAAAAAUCCUAUAUCGAUUACAUGGAUUAUAGUUAUCGUGGUUUUAGCUUUUGCAAUCCUCGCACUAGUAUUGGCAUUUACAUUAUGCUACUGUCUUGUCAAAGUGAAACCAGAUGUUUCAGAGAUCAGUAAUGAAGACCUGAUUCACAUGAAAGAGAGUAUUCUAGAAUGUCAUAUAUCAGGCUUCAGACCAUGUAAUCUCAAUUUAGAAUUAUUCUGGAAGAAUGGCAAAGAAAAGAUUCCAAUAACUUCCUGGAGCUCUAAAAAACGAAGAGAGAGAUCACAGGAGAACGACAAUGAGGAGACUGAAAUUCUCCUGACGAAGUCCACAGACCCGGUCCUGGAAACUGUUAUAAAACUAUAUAAAUGGUGGUUCUUCAGAUGUGACUGUUCCAUACGUAUAACACCCCAGUUAAAAAUACACCGUGGAAAAAUACUCGCCCUAGAUGUUCACCAUCCUGCUCUGAAGGCACCAGUUCGCAAAAUGAAAGUACUAAAUGUGAUCUCUCCAGCCACAAUAGAACCAAUUGAGACCAAACAAGAAUCCUACAACAUUGGCGAAGAGUUGGAGCUGACAUGCAAAAUUCACUCAUUUUAUCCAAAAAGUAUACAAGUGUUUUGGUACAAAGACACUGAAGAAAUUUUACAACUAAACAACAAAGCUAAAAAAAAUGACGAUGGACUCUAUGAUGUUGUAAGUCGUGUGAAGAUCACUGUUACCAAGGAAGACUUUAUUAAAAUAUUUAGGUGUAAAGCGAAGCACCAAUGUAAUACCACAGAGGAUGUGAAAUGGAAAAUGGAAAAGAAGCAAGUCCAAGUGAGGUCAGCGAUGAAUGAUAGAUCCAAUGCAAGGCCACGUUACAAUGAAGGGGACAACAGAAGGAUCAUCACAUACAUAAGAAGAUAAAUAUGAAGUUAUGGAGACCAGUUUACAAGACAAACAAAUUCUAUUAAUAACUUCCAAUAUCCAUACACAACCUGGUGCUCAGGAGCAGUAGCUGCAUGGAAAACAUUAUACAGCAGUACUGAGUAGUCUAAGCUGUGAACCAAGCACAGGCAUGAGAUCUGAUGCUAUCAUGUAAACUCCUACAGUUUCAAUGUCUUUCUCUUGUUUCUUUCCCUCCUCACCCUAUUCCCCCCAUCCCCUUGGAACAGAGAAGAAACAAAACAGGAGGAUGGAGCCUUGUGUGAUAUCACCUAUGACCAGCAGUUUUAGACAGAAUUACUAAUUUGUGCAAAAAGUUGUUGAAACAACAGAUACAUUUGUAACUAAGAUAGGGUGUUUGUUCCUGACACUAUAAAAGUGCCAUAUGUUACUCAUAAAUAGGUUCUCCUACUAGGCUGAAAACAGACACCAUGUUUAAAAAAUAAAAAAAUGCCACAGCCAGAUGUUAUCUGGGAGUCAAAAGGAAAAUAUUCUUGGCUUUUUCAGAAUUUUUCCCCUUAAAGGGGUACUCCGGUGAAAACCUUUUUU